UUUAGAUUGCGGGAUAUAUAUAGUACAAACAGAAAAGUAGUAGCAGCAGGAAACGGAAACGAUGAGCCUGCAAUCGAUCAAGUAUAAACGUGGCAGCCUGGAGAUUCUCGAUCAGCUGCUGCUGCCCGUUGUCUCCAAGUAUGUGACAGUGCGAGGUGUCGAAGAUGGCUGGAGGGUCAUCAAUAAGAUGCAGGUGCGUGGCGCUCCGGCCAUUGCCAUUGUUGGCUGCCUUUCGCUGGCCGUUGAAAUCCACCCGGAGGUGUUUGAGACCAAGAAAUCGCUGCGUCAGGAGAUUGAGGGCAAGCUCAACUAUUUGGUCUCUGCACGCCCCACGGCGGUUAAUAUGAAAAUCUCAGCGGAUGAGCUCAUCACGCUGGCCAAUGACCUGACCAAGGAUGACGCCAUCUCGGUGGAUGAAAUGAAGCAGAGAUUCCUCAAUGCCACCGAAGCCAUGCUGGAAAAGGACAUUUCGGAUAAUCGUGCAAUCGGCGCCAAUGGCGCCAAAGCCAUAUUGCAGCAUGUGGCAGACGCGGGUGGCGCCCAAGCCGCAGGUCCAGUGCGUGUGCUCACACAUUGCAACACCGGCUCAUUGGCCACCGCAGGCUAUGGCACAGCGCUGGGCGUUGUGCGUCACCUCAGCGAGCUGAACAAGCUGGAGCACGUUUACUGCACUGAGACGCGGCCUUACAAUCAGGGAGCACGCUUAACUGCCUAUGAACUGGUGCAUGAAAAGCUGCCUGCAACGUUGGUGCUGGACAGCAUGGUUGCAGCGCUGUUUCGGGUUAAGAACGUGGCUGCAGUUGUCGUGGGAGCAGAUCGGGUUGCUGCCAAUGGCGACACAGCGAACAAAAUCGGUACAUACCAAAUAGCCGUAGUGGCCAAGCAUCAUGGUGUGCCCUUCUAUGUGGCCGCUCCCUUGACAUCCAUCGAUCUGCAGAUACCCAGCGGAGAUCACAUCAUCAUCGAGGUGCGACCGGAUCGUGAAAUGACACAUGUGGGCGAACAUCGCAUCGCUGCGCCGGGCAUCAAUUGCUGGAAUCCCGCCUUCGAUGUGACGCCUGCAGCGCUGAUAACCGGCAUCAUUACGGAGCAUGGCGUAUUUGAGCCGUCGCAGUUAAAGGCUGAGAUCCAGAAGCUGCUUCAGUUAUAACAGGCAUACACAUUGCUGUUGUUCUUGUUGUUAAUAAUUGCGUUGAAUGAAUGCACUCCAGUUUAUAAAAACACCAAACAGACACACACACCGACACACAACACAAACACAACACACACAGCAGAGCACAACACAUGCAACAGCAGCGCACGCUUGGGCUUUUGUAUUUGUGGGGCGGCUGUGAGCGAGAAAUACAAUGCACAUUAUACAUUA